UUAUAUUCUGAUUGGAAUGACAACAACUCAACAUUUAACAACAUUAACAUCACAGACCAUCUUCCUGGUUGUAAAUAUUCGUCUGAAAUGAUUCCAAAAUUUCCAUUCAUUACUUUGGACAAUAUUAUAUUUAUAUGUUUUCAGCUUUUCCAACUGUAUUUUUGUUUUAAUGCGGUGCUUAAUGAACAUAUUGUUCAAAUUAUAGCGAUCAAUGUCCUUAAUUUUGGAUGGUCUAUAUACGGAUUUGUAAUUACGAAUGUAUCAUAUGAACUUAAUAAUUUUAUUGAUUGUAUACCACCAAAUUCACCAGUCACCGUGGCUUAUUUAUCUUUUGAGUUGUAUGAUCAAUUUGGGUGGAAUAUUUACAAAAAAUUAGGGGGAGAUUUAAGAAUACAAGAACAUAAAACUGGAAUGAUAUUAUUCUUGGUUUUAUGGCUUGCAGCAAUUGCUGACUUCAUAUUAGUGUUUGCUGUCUCAAUUUAUGCGUUUAAAGUGAUUGGAAGUUUUUGGAUCUCCGGAUCAACUCUUGUUAUCCCAAAACCAGAAUUGAAUGGAGUUCCUAUAGGCAAAUUAGGACAACUUGAGCACAUUUGGAAUCUUGAAUAUGAUCCGGAUAAACCAAUUAUUGAUACAUGA